AUGUCUGAAUCGUUAUUCAUCAUUGGGGCUACGGGAUUGGUUGGAUCGCAUUUCUUAAAUAUUGCCGCUGGCAGUACUUCUGUCAGCAAGAUAGUCACACUUUCAAGAAGAACACCCAAAUUAAGUAGCAAUAUCACAAACAAGGACGUUUUAAAGCCUAUCAUUGAGUCCAAGACGGACUUGUGGCCGGAAAUAAUCAAAACGACGCUCGAUAUACCAGAUAAAUCCACAAUUUUCUCUGGAUUUGGCACUACCCGGAAAGCUGCCGGCUCAGCAGAGAAUUUUGUGAAAAUUGAUCAUGACAUCAAUGUUAACGCAUUCAAAGCUGCCAAGGAGUCUGGUAAGUUUGACACAGCCAUCAUUGUGUCAGCUUCUGGUGCAAGUAAGGACUCAGUUUUCUUGUAUAUGUCAACUAAGGGCAAGAUUGAAGAUGAGUUGAAGGCUUUGAAAUUCAAGAGGACCAUCAUUUUGCGCCCAGGCAUAUUAUUAGGCAAGCGGGACAAAGCCAAGGACUGGAAGAACACGCUGUCUGCCUCGAUUGGGGGCUUUUUCAAAGGCACGUUUGCACAAUCUUUAGUUGGCUAUCCAAUUUAUGCCGAAGAGGUGGCAAAGGCAGCCUGGUAUUUGAAUCAGCAGCCUAUAAAAAAGGAGGGUGAGGUGAUCGAGAUCGGCAGCAAGGAGAUGAUUGAUCUCGUCAAGACAAUAAGCGAGAAAUGA